AUGGUCACCACGGGGAGGCCUGUCACCAUCUGGUGUCAGGGUUCUCUGCAGGCUGAUGUCUAUCAUCUAUAUAAAGAGAGGGUCUCUAAACCCGUGAAUACAGAGGCCCCACAGGACUCCAGCAACAAGACCAGUUUCUCCAUCGAAUCUGUGAGCUCACACACUGCAGGGAUAUUUCAGUGUGCAUAUAACACCAGCAGGAACGGCUGGUCAGAGCGCAGUGACCCCCUGCCCCUGGUGGUGACAGGAGUGUUCAAUGCACCCUCGCUCUCAGCCCAUCCAGGGCCUGUGGUGGCAAAAGGAGGGAACGUGUCCCUCUCCUGUAGCUCAGAGUCCACAUUGGACAUUUUCCAUCUGCUGAAGGAGGGAGGAGCUGACACUCCCAGACACAUGGAAUUGAGGACCUAUCCUGGGAGGGGACAGGCUGUCUUCCCUGUGGGCACCGUGAAUGCCUCCCAUGGGGGGACCUACAGAUGCUAUGCUUCUCACAGUGCCUACCCCUAUGUGUGGUCACACCCCAGCGACCCUCUGCAUCUCGAGGUCACAGGCAUGUACAAGGAGCCCUCCCUCUCAGCCCUGCCUGGCUCCUUGGUGCUCUCUGGAGACAGCCUGACCCUCCAGUGUCGCUCUGAGGCCGGCUUUGACAGAUUUGCUCUGAGCAAGGAUGAGGGGCUCACACCCCUACAGAGUCUUCAUGGGCAGCACAACCCUGACUUCCCCCUGGGCCAUGUGAACCACACUCAUGGGGGCCAGUACAGAUGCUACAGUGGACACCACCUCUCCUAUGUGUGGUCGACCCCCAGCGCCCCCCUGGAUAUCCUGAUUGCGGGAAUCUACGAGAAACCCUCCCUCUCACUCCAGCCAGGGCCCUCAGUGUCCGGGGGAGAGAAGGACAUGGCUGCACCCUUUCAGGCCAACUUCACCAUCAGUCCUGUGACCUCAGACCAUGAGGGAACCUACAAGUGCUACAGCUCACACAGCACCUCCCCCUACUUGUUGUCACUCCCCAGUGACCCCCUGGAGCUCCGGGUCUCAGGCUCCUUCUCCUAUUCAAGAAUCAUCUUAAAUGUCAUCUCACAGUGUGACCUUCGCUGUGACCCUGUGUAG